AAAAAAAAAAAUAUAUUUUAAUUUUAAUUAAUAAUAAAAUUAUAUUUUACAAAUAAUUUUCAUUGUGCAUAUUGAGUGAAACAAUUUUAAUUAAAUUGAAAAUUUAUUUUAAUGAAGCAGCAUUAACGAAUCAUUGAAAAUUCAAGUUUGAUUUUAACUUUUAUGACAUUCACAAGAUUUAUCAUGAUUCGUACUGUUGUACACAAUGUUACAAUUUUUUAAAAAACCUGGACAAAAAUACAGAUCCAGAUUGCUGCAGGAGACUCAAUUGAAAUCGAGAAAUCUCGAAAAUUGCAAAAAUGAUACACACAAUUUGGACCAAUCAAUGUCGUUGGGUAGCCUUGAGGAGACAGAGGAAGACAAUUAUAUAUGUGAUGAGGAAUCAACAGAAAUAUGUUCCUUUCAUUCUAGUCUUUCGAAAUCUCUUCCAGAAAUUCUCGCUGAUAAAAGUGCAUUAGGUUAUUUUAUUCAAUACAUGGACUCGAGAAAUUGUGUGAAUUUAAUAAAAUUUUGGCUCGAAAUUGAAUGUCUCUGUGGUGCAUGUGAGGACAAUGAAUUUCUUAAUAAUCAUCAUAAUGAACAUUUACACAGUAUUUCAAGUGAAAUUAAUAAUAGUCUAUCAAGUACCGCAGAAAGUAAUGAUAAUAAUUUUUAUUGCAAUACAACAACAACAACAACAAAAAGAAUUGGCGGCGAUGGCGAUUCGUGUGAGAAUUUAAUUGUUGACACAAAUAUUUACAAUAAUACUGUGACAAAAUUAAAUGCAGAACUGCCAAAGAAUAAUCACAGGAUAAUUGAUUCAAAUGUUGAAUUGAAUUAUAAUUUUCAAAAUAAUUGUCGUUAUACAGCGUCAACUGUACGGCAAGAUGCAGAGAAAAUAUAUAAAAAAUAUAUUGAUAAAAAUUUAUUGGACACAAAUUUAUUUCCCGAUGAUUUAUUAAUGGAAAUGGAAGAAAUGAUUAUAUGCGAGAAUGAUGAACCAUUAUUAACAUGUUUGUCAUUGGCACAGAAAAUUGUUUAUAAAAUUUUGGAAGACGAAUAUUUAAAUGAUUUUUUGAAAAGUGAAUAUCAUUGUAAACAUCAAAUUGAUGUUUUGACCAGUGGAAAUGUACAAUUAGAGGAUAUACUUUACAAUGAAACUGCAUUUUUUUAUUUUAUGGAGUUUAUGGAAGUUGAGAAUAAACGAAAUCUACUCGAUUUCUGGAUGUCGGUUGUGAAUUAUAAACAAAAUUUAGUGGAAAAAGGAAGUUCCGCUGAUCCUUGUGAAGCACAAACGGAUGCUGUGAUCAUUUAUGAAAAAUACUUUAGUUUACAAGCAACAAUGCCAUUGGGAUUCACUGACAAGGUACGAUUUCAAGUCGAACAAAAUAUAUGUCGUGAGGAUGGAAAAGGACCACAACCUGAUUGUUUUGAUCUUCCUUGCAAACUUGUAUACAACUUUUUAAAAAAGAAUUAUUUACCUGCUUUUUUAUCGUCACAGCUAUACUAUAAGUACCUUUCCGAACUUAUUAAUAAUCUUCAAAGCAGUUCAUGUACAAAUCAGCACAGGAUUUUGAAAAGAGCAGAAUCUGAUUGUGGAAGUGAAGCAAGUAGUUUAAGUUUUCAAGUCCAAACUUCAAGCCAAAGAACGGCAGAAGAACAAAAACGAUUAAAAAACACAAAAUCAAUGAAUGGAAGUAUGAGUAUUGACACAAAACAGCUCUAUGAUCCAGAUUCACUUUGGAAACGAAAAAAAAGAAGUUUGAGUGUCGGAUAUGUAGAUAGUAUGGGACGAUUUAUUACCGAAAUAGAAUCUCAUCGAAAAAAUGAAAGAGAAUCUCGUUUAUCGCGUGCUGUGAAAAGAUUAGUAAACAUGGAACAAGAUAAGGCUAAAGAAGAAUUAGCAUGGAAAAUUGCUGAAAUGAUUAUUCGAGAGAUCACAACAUUAACUUUAGGGGCAUCUGAUCUUCCAUCUUGAUAAAAAUCUAUUCUCGUCAAAUUUUUAUAGGAUGUUGCUUCUGUUAUUUUUUUCUUUAAGUCUUCUGAAAAUGAUCAAAUAAGAAAAAUUCUAUUUUACGAAUAAAAAAAAAGAAGAAAAAAAACGUAAACUGAAUAGAAAGUGCCAAAAACUUUGGAAGCAGGCAAAUCAAAUGUGAAUUAUCCGUUAUAUAAUUUUUUUUUUAUAUUCGUAUUUUAUUGUUUUUUUAAAAAAAUUUAAGUGUUCGUUUUUCUUUUAUUUAGAAAAAGUAUUUAUUAAGAUAUAAAUAUAUAUAUAUUAAUUUAAGAAAUAUGAUUUUUCUCAGUAAAAAUAAUUAUUUUACUGACAAACGAAAGCAUAAAAGAGGUAAAGUGGCCUUUUAAUUUACUUCUUUUUUUUUUUUGAUAUUCAACUUUAUUUUAACGCACAAGCGUACUUUGCAAGUUCCUCCAAAUGAGAUUGUUUUGUAUUUCAAGAAAAAAAAAAUGUCACUUUUUUUUCUUGAUAACGAAAAAAAAAUUCUAGUUCAAUAAGAAUUUUCUGAGACGUUUAAAAACGUUUUUAUUUUAUUAAUCUCUCAAAUGAAUCUCGAAUAUAUUUUUAUGAUAUUAGAAAGACUUUUUGAAUAUUUUAGAAAUUAUUAAAGAGCUUAGCACAUGACAGGAAAAUUCUUUCAAUUCUGUAUAAGAUUAAAAAAAAUAAUUUUACUCGUAUAUUUUUUUAAAUUAAAAGUAUAAUUUAUAUAUAUUUUUUUUUUUCAAUUAAUAUAGUUGAUUUUAGAAAAAAUUUGAGAUAUUUUUUCUCAAAAUUAGAAUAUUCGAAGAAGCGGGAAUUUAAAAUAUUUGAUUAUUAAAGAAAGUGAAAAAAGAAUUGAGAUUUGAAAAAAAAAAAAUGUGGCCUAUAAUAUAAACGUAACAUAAUCGUAUUCAACAAUACUGUAAAUUGUGAUUUCAUUAAGAAAAAAAAAAAAGAAAACGACGAUCAAAAUAUAAAUCUUAAUCUAUCGAUUUUAGAAUUCAUCAUAUAUUAUAAUAAGAGAAAUUAGUUUGUACAAGAGUAUUAAUAAAUAUCUUUUGUAGCACCUCUAGUUUAAGGGCAAGGUCUCUUAAAAAAAAUAAAUUAUUAUUCGAGAUCAAGUGUUUAAAAAAGAAAAUAUUUUUUUAAAAAUUUUUCGAACGGUGCUAUAAUUUAAGGUAGAUUAUAAUAAAUAAAAUAUUGCAAAAAAAAUGGUAUUGACUUCUAGACGAAAGUUUUGUUAAUAAAAAAAAAAAAAAUAAAAUGAAUUUCAGUACCAUAGUUUAUCACAUAUUCUCUGAUAAUCGUAUAUACAUUAUAUAGAUAGUUAUUAGAAAUAUAUUACAAUAAUUUAUUAAUUCGAGGAACAACAGUCAUUUCAUAAGCGUUUCUUAGAUGUACAAAAUAAUAAUAAUUUACG